AUGAUGAGAUUUUUACACCCUGUGAAACCUAAACCUGCUCCAGUGAACACAAAACCAUGUAGUCAUACAGCAGUUGUAGAUCAUCCUAAACCAGUAACUGACACAAAGAAAGUGGAGAAAGCCCCAAUUUCAAAGAAAGCAGCUUCAACAAGAACAUUGUGUAGUGCCAGACAGCCUGUUGCAGCACCUAAGCAAAAAAGACAGGCAGUUAAAAAUAAAGAUAGAGUUGGUUCACCAGAUUUGAAUCUAGACAAAGUAACAAGGCGUGGUGACCCCACAAUAUUGUCAGCUGAUUCGUUUGCACAAACAUCGGACUUUGGCUUAAAUGACACAAGUGCUGCAGGUUUUCUUUGCCAAACUCAAGAUAGUUCUUGUGGGCUAUUUUUGAAAAAAAAUCCAAAAAGAUUACCAGAUGCUGAAUCUGUGGUUUUGUCAGCAAAACGUAAAACAAAAUUGAAACCAAAAAGUCCUGAAGAGUGGAUUGAAGUUCUAAGUAACAGCCCAAUGGUGGAAAUGACGAGGAGAAAAUAUGAAUGUGAAUACACUCCAAAACAGAGUAGAGGUAGAAGAGCAAGUCUAAAAGGUUGUAGGUCUACUGAGAGACGUAGAUCACGUCAACCUUCGUUUGCACGCUUAGUUUCACCUACUGUACAAGAUGUUCGUCAUGUUACCCUGCCUCACACACCAUACAAUAAUGACUCCCUAGAAUCAAGAGCAGCAUAUUGGAAGUCGUUUUUCAUUGUCAACUCACUUUCACCACAGAAACCACGAAUCAAUUUAGACAGAUCAUUUGACUGACAGUAAUAAAAGUAAAGAACAAUUUGAUCAAUGGUUUUUUCUUUAAAGUCUAUUAGUCUUCUCAAUUUAGCAUUGAGACUUUCACUAACAUUAUUUGUUAUUCCAGAGUAUGGGUUAUAGAUGUUCUUGCUUUCUAAAAUCCACCUUGCAGCAUGAUGAAUUAUUGUGUCAUAAAGACAUUCUUCAAAAUAUUGAAUAAAUGGCUGGCUCCAUUUUUCUUUUAAUUGUUCAUAGGUGUCUCUAAAAACGUCCAGACUAGAACAAGUAAGCAAUGUUCUUACAUUAUUCUCAUAUGCUUUUCUGUCGUCCACACCACCUCCAUGCUUUGACAACCAGAACUUAAUAUCUCUAAAAAUAUGAUUCCAACAUAUGAGAUAUAGAAAUUUGGUAGUUUCGAUUCAAAUGCAUUUAUAAUGCCUUUUUCUCUGUCAGUUACAACAUUUACUGCUUUCUGUGUUAACUGGGGAAUUUUCAAAUUUAUUUCUUCAAUAAAUCGUAAAUGGUUUUUACCUCGACUAUUCGAAGAAUAUGAGAGCUAUUUUAGUUGCCCCGGCGUCGGCGUCCGCGUCGGCGUCUGCGUUGGUUUAAGUUUUUUGUAAAGUCAAAUAUCUCAAUUACUGCUUGAGAUAUUCAAUUGAAACUUACAAUACUUAUUUAUAGUAACAAGGUACAUCAGAUUGACAAGUUGGAUAACUCUGCCUACAAUAUUGACAGAAUUAUGCCCCUUUUUAACUUAAAAAUUUUGGUUAAAGUUUUUUGUAAAGUCAAAUAUCUCAAUUAUUACUUAAGAUAUUCAAUUGAAACUUACAAUACUUAUUUAUUGUAACAAGGAACAUCAGAUUGACAAGUUGGAUAACUCUGCCUACAAUAUUGACAGAAUUAUACCCCUUUGGAACUAAGAAAUUUUGGUUAAAGUUUUUUUUGUAAAGUCAAAUAUCUUAAUUAUUGCUUGAGAUAUUCAAUUGAAAUUUAAAAUACUCUUUUAUAGUAACAAUGUAUAUCAGUUUGCAAAAUUGCAUAACUCUGCCUGCAAUAUUUGCAGAUUUAUUUGCCCCUUUGAAACUUAGAAAUUUUGGUUAAAGGUUAAAGGUCUUCAAAGAUAUUUACUUGAAACUUUACACAUGCACUUAGGGUCAUAAUUGGAGGGUCAUAAUUGUAUGUCACUGACCAAGUUCCAUAACUCUCUCAUGCAUUAAGGCUGAUUCAUAUCCCCUUUUCUAUUUAGUCUCUUGGUUAAUGUUAACAUGAUAGUUUUACAUAUCUCAAUAACUAUUAAAGAUAUUUAUUUAAAACUUCACAUAUGCAUUUAGGGUCAUAAUUGUAGGUCACUGACAAUGAUCAAUAAUUCUAUCUUGCAUUUAGGCUGAUUUUUCUCCCCUUUUUCAACUUAAAAAUUCAUAGUUAAGUUUUGCUUGUAAGCUGUUAUCUCAAUAACUACUGAAGGGUUUGUACCUUUUU